AUGUUCCUCCUCCUGCUAAUUUUGAGCCUGGGAGUACAGCUUCACCGGAGCAGAGCCUUAUUCAGAGUGGUGAUCCCUAAAGAACUAUACACAGUGGAACAAGGCAGCAAUGUGACCCUGGAGUGUGACUUUUACUCUGAAGAUGACCUGGAUGUCGAAUAUAUACAAGCCAGUUUGCAAAAGUUGGAAGACAACACGUCCUUGAACAGCACCACUUUGCUGCAGGAGCAGCCGCCGCUGGGCAAGGCCUUAUUCUACCUCCCCCGAGUCCAGCUGAGCGACGCGGGGAAGUACCGCUGUGUGGUCAUCUAUAGGAGCGCCUGGGACUACAAGUACCUGACUCUGAAAGUCAAAGCUUCCUACAAGAAAAUAAACACUCGCAUCCUUCAGGUUCCAGGGACCGAUGAGAUGGAGCUCACCUGCCAGGCUGAAGGGUACCCCCUGGCAGAAGUCUCCUGGCCAAACAUCAGUGUUUCUGCCAACACUAGCCACAUGGAGACCUCUGAUGGACUUUACCAGGUCACAAGUAUUCUGCGCCUAAAGCGAGUCCCUGGCAGAAACUUCACCUGUGAGUUCUGGAACGCUGAUGUGAAGGAACUUACUUCAGCCAUCAUUGACCCUCAAGGUGAGAUGGAACCCGAGAUCCCUUCAACUUGGCUGCUUCACAUUAUCAUCCCUUCCUUCUUCAUUGCUUUAAUAUUCAUAGUUGCAAUAAUAAUCCUAAAAAAACAACGCUGCCAAAAGCUUUCUUCAAGAAAAGAUUUGAACGUGUGA